CAAUUCUCCAAAACAAGAGUGAGUCCUGGCUAGACCUACCAAACCCAUUAAAACUACUAAACCCUCAUCCCUCAUAGUACUCAUUAGACCAACCAAGAUCACUCUUUUUUUCUUCUUGCUAUUAUGGAGGGAGGCAGUGAUGAUCAUCCCCGCCACCUCCACCAUCACCACCGCGGAAAUUUCCCGUUCCAAUUUCUCGAAAAGAAAGAGGACGAGCAGCCGUGCUCCUCCUCUUCCUCCUACCCUUCUCUCCCAAUUAUCUCCGUGGAACCAAACAUCACCACCACCAACAACAACGACACAUCUGAAUCCUCCAAGAAACCACCACCGAAGCGGACAUCAACAAAAGACCGCCACACGAAAGUGGACGGGCGCGGACGCAGAAUUCGCAUGCCUGCGCUCUGCGCCGCCAGAGUUUUCCAGCUCACACGUGAAUUAGGCCACAAAUCUGAAGGCGAAACAAUCGAGUGGCUGCUCCAACAGGCGGAGCCAUCAGUGAUCGCGGCCACGGGAACCGGUACAAUCCCUGCUAAUUUCACAUCCCUAAACAUCUCUCUCCGUAGCUCUGGCUCCACCAUGUCUGUUCCUUCUCAACUAAGAUCCGCAUCCUUCAGUUCCAAUUUCGCCAUGGAUCAAUUACAACACAGCAGAAGCUUAUUCUCUCUGAAGAACACGCCAACAUUUCUAAACUUCGCAUCCGGAAAUAAUAUGAAUGCCAUGUUCGGUACCAAACAAGAAACCACUACUAAUUCGCUGGAGACGGAUCAAGAUCAAGAGAUUACUGGGAGGAUUAAGAGGAGGACAUCUGAUCAGCAAGAUUUAGGGCAUCAAAUGGGGACUAAUUACAUGCUCCAAUCGAGUAGCACCGGUUCGAUUCCUGCUAACCAUGGGCAAAUUCCUGGAAAUUUCUGGAUUCUUGCCAAUUCGAGUAAUCAAGUCAUGAGUGGAGAACCCAUUUGGCCAUUCCCUUCAAUUGACAAUAAUACUAGUACUACUGGUUUGUACAGGAGUGCUACUAAUAUGCCUGCAGGUGGCUUGCAUUUCAUGAAUUUCCCAGCUCCGAUGGCGUUAUUGCCCGGACAACAACAACAACUGGGUUCGAGUAGUGGCGGCGGGGGCGACUCCCAUCAUGGCGGCGGUGGAUAUGGAGAUGAUCAGCGUGACACCACGAGUCAUCACGAAUAAAAUCAUCAUUCAAUUCAUUUGUCAUUGAAUUUGUGUGGGUUUUCUUUGUUAAUUACCACACACACGUAAGGUUUGCUUUUCUUUUGAUAUUUAAUUGAUUAAUCUUCCAGGAUUUAAGAAGAUUCUUCUUGUGAGUGUAUGUGCGUAUGAUGAGGUUGUUGAUUUAGGGUUUUUUUUUAGAACAAAGAACACAGACA